ACUCUAUAAAUCCCCUUUCCAACCCAGCCAUCUCCUUCGGUCGGAUUCCACUGAGCUCACAUAACUCUCUGCUCUUUGUCUCUCUCUCUCUCUCGACGUAUACAGGGGGGCCUGCAUGAAUUUGAUAGGUGUUCGAUAGAUUUGUAGUGGAUUACGCCGUAUGUGUUUACGCAAGAAUGGCGAAGCCUCGAAAGGGAAAGAGCGAAGAGCAAAAGGGAGAGAACACGGAAGCUGUAAUUCGCCAUCAGAAGCUCUGCCUUUCAAUCGACAUGGAAAAGCGUCGAAUUUACGGUUUCACCGAGAUUGAAAUAGCUGUGCCGGACAGCGGGAUUGUGGAAUUGCACGCAGAUAAUUUGGUAAUUGAAUCUGUGACAGUCGAUGAGGAGCCUGCGCAAUUUGAAGUGUUUCCACAUUAUUUGCAUUUGGAUAGUGGGGAUAGAUGGUGCUCUGUGUCAUCCGCCAGUUCUGCUGCUGAUGCAGCCGGGUCGGUUUACUUAUCUACUCUUGAUAGGGAGUUGGUUCCGAAUUUGCUGAUCAUGUGUAGUAAAUCUUCUAAGCCGGAGAGCGAACAGCAAGAAGAGCCUCUGGAGAAUGGGGUUAAAUCUUCAAUUGAAGAAAAACAAGAAGAACCAGGGACUCUGGAGAAUGGAGUUAAAUCUUCAGCUGAAGAAAAGCAGAAUGUUAAAAAGCUGUGCAUUGACUAUUGGGUGGAGAAGGCAGAAACAGGAAUCCACUUUGAUGGUGAUGUUUUACACACUGAUAACCAAAUAAGGCGUGCACGCUGUUGGUUUCCUUGCAUGGAUGACAAUUUGCAGCGCUGCUGCUAUGAUUUGGAGUUCACAGUAGCGAGUAAUCUUGUUGCAGUUAGCUCUGGGACUUUGCUUUAUCAGGUCUUGAGCAAAGAUGAUCCUUCGCGUAAAACAUAUGUCUAUAGAUUAGACGUUCCUGUUGCGGCUGGAUGGAUAUCCUUGGUUGUUGCACCAUUUGAAAUUCUUCCUGACCGUCAUAUUGCUCAACUGUCCCAUAUUUGUUUGCCACCUAACUUGUCAAAACUGCGGAACACUAUAGGAUUUUUUCAUAAUACUUUCAGCCAUUAUGAGGAUUACCUAGCUGCACCAUUUCCUUUUGGAUCGUAUACACAAGUCUUUUUAUCUCCUGAGAUGGCAAUAUCUUCAUUGAGUUUGGGAGCUUCAAUGAACAUCUUCAGCUCUCAGUUGCUCUUUGAUGAGAAAGUCAUUGAUCAGACCAUAGAGACAAGGAUUAAACUUGCUUAUGCUCUUGCAAGACAAUGGUUUGGAGUGUAUAUCACCUCUGAAACACCAAAUGAUGAUUGGUUGUUGGAUGGCCUUGCUGGAUUUUUAACCGAUACAUAUAUUAAGAGAUUCCUGGGAAAUAAUGAAGCACGAUAUCGGCGGUACAAGGCUAACUGUGCUGUCUGCCGAGCAGAUGAUAGUGGUGCUACUGCCUUAAGCUCCUCUGCUUCUUCCAAGGAUCUAUAUGGGACCCAAUGCAUUGGUUUUUAUGGAAAAAUUAGAGUCUGGAAGUCUGUGGCAGUUCUUCAGAUGUUGGAAAAGCAGAUGGGUCCCGAGCCCUUUCGUAAGAUUCUGCAACAAAUUGUUUCAAAAGCUCAAAUUACAACACGGACUUGGAGGACCCUUAGUACUAAAGAGUUUAGGCACCUUGCAAAUAAAGUUGGAAAUCUUGAGCGUCCUUUUCUUAAAGAGUUUUUUCCUCGAUGGGUUGGAUCUUGUGGUUGUCCAGUACUAAAGAUGGGCUUCUCCUACAACAAGAGAAAGAACUUGAUUGAAUUAGCAGUAAUAAGGGGAUGCACAGCCAGACUAGAUGCAAGUGCAACCACAUGCAAUGGUAACCUUGACUCUGAAAAUCGUGAAGGUGAUGUUGGAUGGCCUGGCAUGAUGAGCAUACGCCUUCAUGAGCUUGAUGGCAUGUAUGACCAUCCAAUUCUUCCCAUGACUGGAGAACCUUGGCAGCUUCUUGAAAUACAAUGUCAUUCCAGGCUUGCUGCUAAACGCUUUCAAAAACCGAAAAAGGGUUCAAAACCUGAUGGUUCUGAUGAAAAUGAAGCUGUGACAACUGUAGACGUGCGCUCAACUUCUGAUUCACCCUUGUUGUGGCUCCGGGCAGAUCCAGAAAUGGAGUAUCUAGCUGAAAUUCAUUUUAGUCAACCAGUUCAGAUGUGGAUAAAUCAGCUGGAAAGGGACAAAGAUGUUAUUGCACAGGUGCAAGCAAUCGCAAUACUUGAAGCAUUGCCACAUCUUUCAUUUUCCAUUGUUAAUGCCCUCAACAAUAUCCUCAAGGACUCUAAGGUGUUUUGGAAAGUCCGAAUUGAGGCAGCAUUUGCCUUAGCCAACACUGCAUCUGAGGAAACUGAUUGGGCUGGCUUGCUCCAUUUGAUCACUUUCUAUAAAAGUCGAAGAUUUGAUUCUAAUAUAGGACUACCCAAGCCAAAUGACUUUCACGAUUUUCAGGAGUAUUUUGUACUUGAGGCUAUUCCGCAUGCAAUUGCAACUGUGCGAGCAACAGACAAGAAAAGCCCUAGAGAAGCUGUUGAAUUUGUUUUACAACUUUUAAAGUAUAAUGAUAACAGUGGAAACUUCUAUUCUGAUGUUUACUGGCUGGCUGCACUCAUCCAGUCCAUUGGUGAACUUGAAUUUGGACAACAGAGCAUAGUCUAUUUAUCAUCCCUUCUCAAGCGACUUGAUCGACUUUUACAGUUCGAUAGGUUAAUGCCAAGCCACAAUGGGAUCCUGACUAUCAGUUGUAUCCGAUCGUUGACCCAAAUUGCUCUGAAAUUGUCAGAAUUUGUACCUCUUGAUCGUGUGAUUGAGCUAAUUGAACCUUUUCGAACUUCCAAGGCAAUAUGGCAAGUUCGAGUUGAAGCAAGCAGGUCUCUCCUGGAUCUUGAGUUUCAAUGCAAAGGCAUUGAUGCUGCAUUGUCAUUAUUCAUUAAAUACUUGAGUGAAGAAUCAUCUUUAAGAGGUCAGGUAAAGCUUGGUGUGCAUGCAAUGAGGUUAUGUCAGAUAAGAAAUGAAUCUGGCUAUGACCAUGAAUUGAAUAGUGACACCCUUGUUGCUUUGCUUCGCCUUCUUGAGAGCCCUAUCUCAUUCAAUAAUGUGUUUCUCCGUCAUUACCUAUUCUGCAUUUUACAAGUCCUUGCUGGAAGGGUUCCAACACUUCAUGGAGUGCCAAGAGAUGAGAGUAUGGGGCAUGCCAAGACUUGCAAUGAACUGAAGAAUAUUUUUGCUGCUCUUGUCAAGCAAUCUAAGCCAUCAGAGCCUCCUAUGGACAAGUUUGAGGUUACACAUAAUGGUCCAUUUGUUUUUGAAGUUCCUGGGGAAGCAGAUCGUUCCACACUUGGUCCUGAACCUGGAAAAGAUAUUACUCUGAUUCCAGAUACUCCGAAAGAAGCAGAUGGUCUGAGCCAUGAAAUAAUAGUAGAUAGUGCCAAACCUCCUCAGAGCACAGUUGUUGGAGAAGUUCAGGAAGUAGACACUAUUCCCAUCAGUAAUGAUUGCAUGCACUCAAUGGCUGACCUUCCACUUCCACAAGAUGAUAUCAUUGUGGCAGAUAUACCUCAUAGUUCAGUUUCUGAAGUCCCAAAAGAGUUGGAUUCUGUUACUGAUGGUUGUGUACCACUGCGUGACAUUCCACAGGAUUAUCCUCCUCCUCCACCACCACCACCACCACCAGCAGAAAAACCCAUUCUUCCUGAAACCCAUGAACAACGAAAGCCUGUUGUGAGCCUCUUGCAUGAGGAUUUACAUGUUGCGUGCUCUAGGGAAGCAAGCGUUCCUGAAAGUCACAAACGUGGUAGGGUAGUUGCUAACAGCUUACGAGAUGGCUCACUAAAUGCCGAAGCUUCUAGAGAACAUGAAACCAUUUCUGCCGGUCAUGAAAGAAAAAAACCUGUUUUUAGGAUUAAAGUUAAAAAGUCUACCACAUCUAGCUGUGCUGGUGAUCCUGAGAAUCCCACUGUGGAUAAAUCUCAUGAUGGUCUUCAUGACAUUGAUCGUGGGGCAAGCAGUUCCGUAUCUGUAUCUGUCGAUGCACCACAAAGAAACUUUUUCGAGGGUGCAAGUGGUAAUAACCAUAACAACAUUGAUGAUGUAAAUUCCUGUCAUGAUGUUGGAUCUAGAGUAACUGCCAGCAUUGGCAGUGUCAAAGUCGCCCCUGACGGUGAAGAACUAAUGAAGGAACUACAGUGUACUGCUGAAUCAAGCAAAGUGCCUCCUGAUGAUCAAACCAUCAGAGAUAGAGAUGUGGAUAUGGAGGGACAUAAAUUUGCAAGUUUACAGUCUCUCUCUUGCACUAAGCCUGACGUUAAUUGCACUUCACUUGAUACAAGUAACCUUCACGCUCAUGGUAGUAAAGGCAAGCACAAGAAGAGAAACAGGGAUGAGAAAAGAGAAAAAGAACACAAAAGUAGUAAGCAUGAUGAUCCGGAGUACUUGGAGCGGAAAAGGUUAAAGAAGGAGAAGAAGCGGAAAGAGAAGGAGAUGGCAAAGCUGUUGGAUGAUGGGGCAAAGCCUAAGUCUAAGCCUAAGCCUUCGCCUUCAGUGGAACUAUCACAAAAGAAGAGAGAAAACGUUGAAGGUAAAGUGCGUUCGCAUAAAGGCGGUGACGCCAUUAAUAGUAUUACAGAUUUAGGGCGUAGAAAAGAUGAAUCGGAGUUUAGAGUUGGCGGGGCUGUAAAGCAGUCACCAUCAAGCUUGUACACGAAGAACAGCGAUCCCGGAAGGAAAGAGGCGGCCUUACAACUAAGAAUGGGCGAGUCAAGCGGAGCAAAGUUGGUAAGCGAUAGAGCAGCAGCAGCAGCAGAUAAUACGCCUGCAAGUGCACCCCAAGCUAGUGCGGCAGCCCCGGCAAGCACUUCACAUAAACUUAAGAUUAAAAUUAAAAAUCGAACACUUGGAAAAUCCUGAGUAAUGUAGUUUUCCUUUUCAAGGUAUAACUAAUUUUCUUCGGAAAUUUUCAGAUUUCCUGUGUAUUAGCUGAGCCAAUUACAUAUUGUAUUUUAACUUAUGCCUGUAUUGUGCUAAUAAGCUCUGGUAUAUGCACCUGUAUUCUCUAGACUCUAGUGGCAUCUUCUGCAAUUACUGAACUACGAAGUGGUUCUUCUGUAAACUUAAUGAAUCAGGCUAUGUAUUUAUUUGUCCACUGAAAUUCGUCAAUUA